GAAAAAUCGAGCAUACGCAUAAUCGAUUACUACUACUACUCACCACAAGACACUAUCAACAAAUACCCAUACUAUCGCGUAUUCGUGUGUUCACCGCGAAUUGUAUUGAGCGUGAGCAUCGAGCAUUUGGCAGGCAAGCGGGUAGCCCCCAGCGGCCGAGCAAGAAAUCAAUACUUUCCACCAACACCUAGUGGACGGUGUCGUGUACGUUUCGAGAGGCGUUCUUGUCGUACACUUUGUACACCGUCUUAGUAAAAUCAAUUCUCGAGUCAAAUCUUUCCGAAAUCGAGCUACCUACUUACCACCCAUGUAUGUUUGAAUAAACCAUUUAAGUCGGGGGAGGAGGCACUGAACAAUGUCUGCCAAACAGACUCCGUCAAUCAUCGGCAAGAUUUACAGAGCCUAUGAAAAGCCAUCCAACAGUCAUUGCGUUGUUCUAGAAAAUCGUAUGCAAGCUGAAGUAUUGUUAUUUGAAAACAACACUCUAUGUACGGCCACAGCUAGUGAGUUUGACACGUUCAAACGUCAGUGUGUGAAAAUUGUAGACGCAUACGGAUGUCUUGGCGUUUUGAAUGUAAAUAUUGAUAAUAAAGUAGCACUGUUCCUGGUUUUGGUAACUGGCUGCCAAUCAGUUGGCAAGAUAUCUGAUGCAGAAAUAUUUAAAAUUACACAAACCACGUUUGUUUCAUUGCGUAAGCAACAGAGCGAUGACUAUGCAUCUGAAGUACGGAAGCUUUUAAACAGCGGUAGUUUUUAUUUUUCGAGGUAUGUUUCACAAGAUGUUCGUUUUGAUUUGACCCUGUGCGCCCAAAGACAAUGGAAUAACUGUGUUCCUGAUAAUCGUUUUUUUUGGAACCGUAAUUUACAUGUUUAUUUUAUACAUUUUGGAAUUAAUACCUCCCAAUGGUUAAUGAAAAUUGUUUGUGGCAGUAUUGAGAUAAAAACUGUCUAUGCAAGACAUAAACAAGCCAGAAUUGCUAUAAUAUCAAGAUUGAGUUGUAGAAGAGCUGGAACUAGGUUUAAUGUCCGUGGUUGUAAUGAUGACGGUUAUGUUGCAAAUUUUGUUGAAACUGAACAAGUAAUCUACUUGGAUGAUGAAGUCACUUCUUUUGUGCAAAUAAGAGGUAGUGUACCACUAUUUUGGGAACAACCAGGAAUGAAUGUUGGAGCACAUAAAGUAAAACUGUCAAGAAGUAUAGAAUCUUCAGCAGAUGUUUAUGAGAAACAUGUUAAGUCACUAAUAGAUUGUUAUGGUAAUAUAAUUUUCAUUAAUUUAUUAGGUGGAGCUAAUUCAAACAGUAAAGAAAAUGAAUCUGCUUUGAGCUAUGCGUUUGAACAAAAACAUUCCACCUCAGCAUUUUCUUUCAUACCAUUUGUUGCAUUUGAUUAUCAUCAAGAGGUUAAAAGUAAUGGAGAUAAAAGUCUACAAAAAUUGAAAAACUCAGUUGAUCCAUAUUUAGAUUCAUUUGGUUUGUUUUACGCAAAAGGUAACUCUGUUGUUAAACAUCAAACAGGCUCUAUGAGAAUAAACUGUACUGAUUGCCUUGAUCGUACAAACUGUAUUCAAAAAUUUUUUGCUUUGGAAGUAUUGGCCAAACAACUUGAAUUUCUUUGUCAAAAUGAAACUGAUCAAAUAAUAUCAAGAUUUGAAGAAGUAUUUCAACAGCUUUGGGUAAACAAUGGCAAUGAAAUAAGUAGAAUAUACGCUGGUACUGGCGCAAUACAAGGUGGAUCAAAAUUAUUGGAUGGAGCUAGAUCUGCAGCCAGAACUAUUCAAAAUAAUCUGUUGGAUUCUAGUAAACAAGAAGGAUUUGAUAUAUUAUUAUCUGGUAAUGCCUUUAACAAUGAAUUGUUAGCAAAAGCUAAAGCAUUACUUCCUUAUAACACUUGGCAAUGUCAUCCAGAUUUAGCAGAAGAAAUGUGUAAAAAAUAUAAAUCAUAUACUUACAAGAGUAAUUUAAGAAUUUCUAUUGCUACAUAUAAUGUAAAUGGAGGUAAACAUUUUUUGAAUUUUGAUUCUAGUAACUUAGAAUCAUUAUCCAAAUGGCUCUUGGAUCCCUAUAAAGUAUCUUUAUUUGAUCCAUCAAAAAAGUUCUUCCUAAAUGACAAUAAUAAUCUUCCUGAUAUUUAUGCAAUUGGAUUUGAAGAAAUUGUUGACUUAAAUGCUAGCAAUAUUAUGGCUGCUAGUUCAAACAAUGCAGACUCGUGGAGUAAAAGCCUUAAAAACAUUUUGUCUUCUAAAAGGGAUUAUGUCCUACUUACUAGUACACAACUAGUUGGCGUUUGUUUAUUUAUAUUUGUUAAACCAGAGCUAUUACCUUAUAUUAAAGAUGUAACUACAGACUCUGUUAAGACAGGAAUGGGAGGUACAACUGGUAAUAAAGGAGCUGUGAUGGUGAGAUUUACUUUAGAUGCUACAAAUCUUUGUUUUAUAUGCUCCCACUUUGCUGCUGGGCAAUCACAAGUUGCUGAUCGUAAUGCAGACUUCAAUGAAAUAGCAAGAAAAUUGAAAAUUCCUAUUCAAUCAAAUGAUUAUGUUUAUUGGUGUGGAGAUUUUAAUUAUCGGGUGGAUAUGGAUCGCUUAGAUCUCAUAAAUCAUGUACUAGAUGGAGACUUGGAAGAAGUUCUGAAAUAUGAUCAACUUUUAGCACAAUGCAGAGAUAAAAAAGUAUUUGAAAAUUUCUUUGAAGCUCCUAUAACAUUUCCUCCAACCUACAAAUAUGACAUACUAUCAGAUGAAUAUGACUCUAGUGAUAAAUGUCGUACACCGGCUUGGACUGAUCGUGUACUUUGGUACUGUAAUGAAAAUAAUGAUUGGCCUAAUGGUAAACAAGUAUUCUAUGGACGUGCUGAAAUUAAAGAGAGUGAUCAUAGGCCUGUAACAGCUUCUUAUGAAAUUGAAAUACUGUGUAUUGAUCAAGCUCUAAGGGAAAGAGAAUUAAAUGUAUUAUGGAAUGAAUACGGACCAAUUGAUGGUGUUAUUUUAGUACAUAUUGAAAACACUGACUUUCCUUUAAAUGAUGAAUCAUUUAAAAAUAUAAUGCUUCAAGGUUUGGGUUCUUUUGGUAAAAUUUUAAAUGCAAGAUAUUUCACAGAUCAUGCUGAAAUCAUCUAUGAAAAUGGUCGUUUUGCAGCUAAUGCUUUAAAAAUAAAACAAAUAUCAAUUUAUAACUAUACUUUAAUUUUAACUGCUAAAAAUAAUAAUUGGGCAUUAGCUAUAAAAAAUGAGAUCGAAACUAUCACUAACAAUAUAGUGCCCUUAUGGACAGACAAGUUGAGAUCUGCUCCAAUGAGACCUCCAUUACCUGCAAGAUCUGAUCAAAGUCCAAGUUCAGAUGGAAUGCCGAACUAUCCACCACCUUCAAACGUUCCUUUACCGCCACUGCCCCCAAGACAACGAAUGCCUCCUCCACUCCCUCCCAGAAAUGCAACCAUGAUGUUAAAUAAAUGGAUGCAAAAUUUGGAUCCAAGCUCUCAAGAUUUGUACUUAUGUAAUUUUCGAGUGUCAGUUGAGGGCGAAUGGUUAUGUUUACGUGAAAUAACUGAUGAUCCGUUAUCUGAUAUUUUUCCAUCACAAUGUCUCACUUCUCCAGACUUACCAUUCUUAUUAGAUCGUGACCCUGUGUUGAUCGAGAGACGUAACCUGGUAAACAUAUCCAAGCUGAUUGUUAAAGAACUAAUUGAAAACUCAUUGAAAAAUGGACGUAUGCUUGAUUCAGAUCAUGCACCUUUACAACAUUUUUUUAUUGUCUUGGAGCAUGUCCUUAGACAUGGGUUACGCCCUAAGAAAGGACUUUUGGGUCCCAAAAAAGAAUUAUGGGAUAUAUUGCAAACUGUUGAAAAAUUAACACCGGAUGCACAAGAAUUAACAAAUAGUAUUCGAGAUUUACCUACUGUCAAAACUCCAAUGGGUAGAGCAAGAGCUUGGUUAAGAGUAGCCUUAAUGCAAAAAAAGUUGGCUGAUUAUUUAAAAAUUUUAGUAGACUAUCGUGAUGAAGAAUUAGUAGAUUAUUUUGAACCUGAUGCUCUAAUGAUGAGUGACGAAGCUAUUAUUAUUGUUGGCCUUUUGGUGGGCCUUAAUGUUAUCGAUUGCAAUUUGUGUAUUAAGGAAGAAGAUUUAGAUUCACAACAAGGUGUAAUUGAUUUCUCAUUAUAUCUACGCUCAAGCCACCACCCUAAUCAUCAUAUACAAGGCACUGUCAGUUGUCCUGAUAGUCCUUUAGGUCUUGAAUCAGAAAAUAUGAAUGUAGUACUUGAUCAAAAAAAUUAUAUAGAAGAACUUAAUUGCCAUCUUAAGGCAACUGUGGCAAAUUUAGAGUCAAAAGUAGAAACACUUACAACGUCUAAUACUUUGAUUAAAGAAGAACUUGAUAUGGCCAAUAACAGUUAUGCAAUGUUGAAAGAAGAAAACCAAUUAAUUAAAAAUCAGUUGAUGAAGCAAAAUGAUUCCAAAAAUACUGAACCUUUAAUUAUUGAUAUUCCUACUGGAGACAUGGAUACGCUUAAGCAAUUUGCAGAAAAUGAAAAAAAACAAAGAAUUGAAGCUGAAAAGGAACUUCAUUUACAAAUGAGCCUUAAAGCUGAAAUGGAGGUUGCAAUGAAACUUUUAGAAAAAGAAAGUCGAGAAAAACAAGAAAAUAUUGUUUCACUAAGAAAACAAUUAGAUGACAUAAAAAUGAUUAACUUGGAAAUGUAUAAAAAAUUACAGGAGAGUGAGAGUUCGCUUAAGCACAAGUCAGAGUUUGUUUCUAAAUUGGAAUCAAAAAAUGUAACAUUAACAGAGGCUUUGAAAAAAACUGAAGAGGUAUCGAAAAAAAAUGAAGAGGAAAAGAAAAAAAUAUCUGAUUCAAUACUUAGAUACCACGAUCAAAUUGCUGGACAGACAUCAACUAUUGUAAAAUUAAAAGAAGAUUUAAUUAGAGAACAACAAUCAAAGAUUAACCUUGAAGAACAAUUAUUCAAAGCAGGAAAUCAAACAACUCGUCUUGAUGAAGAAAUUAUCCAACUUAAAGCAAUGUCAAAUGAGUAUAUUAAUUUACAAGAGGAACAUCAUAGAUUGACAGAGAAGUAUCGAGGCCAAGAACGAGCACUUGAAGAGUUGGCCGAUCAGUUAAAAAGGGAGAUAUUAAAGUCCAAUGAACUGGAAGAAGCUGCUAACAGUACAUUGGCACAAGCUCACUGGGAACGUGACAAUGAAGUGGCCAAUUGCAAAAAAUGUGAAAAAGAAUUUAGUUUAACGAGAAGAAAACAUCACUGUAGAAACUGCGGUGGAAUAUUUUGUGCAUUGUGUUCAGACAACACAAUGAUGUUGCCAUCAUCUGCUAAACCCGUUCGUGUUUGUGAUGACUGCAACUUAUUGCUUGUUGAAAGAUACUCUGUCGUGCCAAACAAUUGACAUAAGUAUUAAUGAUAGUUAAAAAAUUUUCAUACAUAAAGUUAAACCUAAUAGGUAUUUUUAUUUUAUUAUAUAACAACUUAUGCCAUUAAGAUGAAUGAUCUAUAGUUAUAUUAAAUUUAUAUUUUUUAUUAUCAUUACUCAUUACUUUAAGUUAUAAUUUUUAUCUGUUAGGAAG